CGUGAAUUUGGCGAGCAGUCCAAGAAGUUUGGCAUUGGAAACCAGUUCAAGCAGAAGGUAAGCAUCACCGCUUCCUGCUCUGCUGGCGGUGUGGCAAAUACGGUGCAAUGACUGGGGGUACUGAAUGAUUGCAGCACACGUCUUUGGGAGUCUGAGAUCCCGAAACAGAACCAAAUACAUCGGCCGGGUAUAGAUUGAGACCCUGAGCCGGUUUUCUCUCAUACAGUAUCAUAUCCUUUUCCUCCAAUAGCACAGAGAAUUUUGAGCCCCCGCUUCGAUUUGGCUCCCAGUUGCCAUAACCUGACCGCCUGCACAUCAUCUGUUGUUUGAAUCACUAUUGCAUAACAACCGCAGACGGCGAAGGGUGCAGGCAUCUGGCUUCUGAAGUACAUCUGGCGUUCGACCUAGAAGCAGAACAUCGCGAACCUACAUCUUCACUGAGACAGCACAGCGGUGAGGCGCUACCACAAUGCUUAUCAACGCACGACCCCGAAUUGUCUCGAACGGCUUCGAAACCUUUGUCCCUACCCACAGAGCGGAAUCAUUGCAUCAAAGUCUUGUUGAAAUGACGAGCAAUAACGUAAACGCUUGGAGUAUCUUCAGGCCCGUGGCCUCAUCGACCGACGGUUGGGAUCAACAUCUCGAUGACUUCAGUAACGAGAACUUUCCCCUUCACACGCUAUACGCUGGAUACUACCAAGACACAACUUCUAUUAAUCAGGGCCUGUCGAUCAAUCUGCCAAAGGCUUCUCCAUAUGCUGGGGUGCAUCAGAGUCAAUGCCAGCCUUAUAAGAGACCUUCAACUUCGCACCCGACCUAUCAAGAGCCCGUCUCAGAGAUGAAUUGCUUCGAAAAUCAAAGUCCAAUGCUUGGGAAUGACUAUUCCCAAUGGAAUCUGGGACGCAGAAAUGGCAGCUUUGCGGAAUUUUUAAACACGCGAAAUGGGCUGAGGAACUUCUCUUACCAUACGUCGAAUGAAGCCAACUUCACUCCAUUCCCAUCAGUCACGAAUCUAGCGCAACAACAGAUAUCUUACCAAGAUACCUCAGGGGUUAGUGAUAUUUUGAAAAAUGAAAGGACCAGCCCAAGUACAGUAUAUAGUAACUAUUCAUCAUCCAGCACAUCCGUCAACCCUGGGUCUUUGGUCUGCCCGGUCCCGAAUGUUCAGGAUACCCAUAUGAAAGACACCUGGUGGCCAGAGGACCAGCAUCAAGGGGUUCAUGGAACAUUUACAUCGCAUGACGGUCUGCCGAAGAACUACAAUCAGCAGCAACGUCAGGAAUGGAAUGAGACGUGGAACAUUACAGAUGAAUCAACAAGCAACUGGACAUCUCGAUCGGCCGCACCAAUCACUGUUUCACCGAAGGCAUUGACUUUGAACGUUGCGUCCACCCCAUUAUCUUCCUCGGGGUCGAGUCAAGGUGUUGCACUGUCAUUAUCCGAUUCGAGCACGGGUCUCGGUUCUGGAGAUGACAACUCAGACUUCUCAGGGCCCGAGACGUUGUGGGUCGUGGAAAGGCACGCACCACGUCGACCUCGGCAUAUACUCCCUAAUUCUAGCCCUACGUCUCAAAGAAGGGUGCCGGUCGUACCUAGUAACGACUUCGCGGCUAGCAGGACAACUAAAAGGCGGUUAACGAAGGCCAAAUCUGGGGGCCAUAUUGACAGCAGAUCUGAUCAGCCAUCCUGCGCCACGCUGUCAAAGAACAAGGCAUUACCAUCCCAGGAAAUUGAAUUGGUUCCUCAGAAGUUAUCGGCGCCCAAAAGGAUCGAGCCAAAGCCCGUUGAUUCCAGUGUCCGACAACCAUGUACCACCGAAUCGCCGCAAGCGGCUCAGUCAGCUGCAACGAUACAGGCAAUGCACCAUCGAGAUGCCAAAGAUGACUUCCUAGUCAGAUCAAAGCUAGCUGGAAUGUCAUACAAAGACAUCCGCCGACAGGGAAAAUUCACCGAGGCAGAGUCGACGCUGAGAGGUCGUUUCCGAACCCUGACAAAACAUAAGACAGCACGAGUGAGGAAACCAGAGUGGGAUGACAAUGAUAUUCGACUCCUGAGAAAGGCUGUCCGGAAGCUGGCCAGCGGUUCGGAUCCAACGAAAUCCAGAGUUCCCUGGAAACAGGUCGCUGAAUAUAUAGCCAAUAAUGGAGGAUCGUACCACUUUGGCAAUGCAACUUGUCGAAAGCGUUGGGAUGAACUUCAACGACAAUCUGAGUCCUAA